AUGAAUAGCCUCUAUUCCGUCGUCAACACCCUCCGCGAUCGAUACGCACCGGUAUCGCACACGUCCACGUUUCGGCAAACGGGCGAAAUUACACCAGAAGAGUUCGUAGCGGCUGGCGACUACCUUGUCUUCAAGUUCCCAACGUGGAGCUGGGGAGAUGCAGACUCGGAGAGCCGACGAGCAAGCCAUCUGCCUCCCGGGAAGCAGUUUCUCGUCACCCGCAAUGUUCCCUGCAAUCGGCGGCUGAAUGAGAAUUUCGCCGGUGAUGCGGGUCUUGAGGAGGCCGUAGUGGAUGAUGGUGAUGGGUUCAAGGGCAGCAAGGGCGAUGAUGAUGGUUGGCUGCGCACCGGAGGCUUGUCUAGCUCACAACCGCUCAAGGCUCGCGAGGUCCGGACUGUUGACGAUGCGGGCAAUGCGGGCGAACGGGCGCAGCCCGACGACGAUGAUGACAUUCCCGAUAUGGAGGACGAGGAGGACGAUGAAGCCAUCAUUCGCGACACGGAUGCAUCGGGACAGACUAGCAGUCGUCGGACGUAUACCCUCUACAUCAUGUACUCCCCGUACUACCGGACACCUCGUCUCUACCUGUCCGGAUAUGGCGCCAAUGGCCAGCCCCUACCGCCGCAUAACAUGAUGGAGGAUAUCAUGGGCGACUACAAAGACAAGACGGUCACUCUCGAGGACUUUCCCUUCUUUGCCAACAACAUCAAGAUGGCCAGUGUGCACCCCUGCAAACAUGCGCCUGUCAUGAAGACACUCCUAGACCGAGCAGAUGCCGCACUGAAGCUUCGGAGGGAGAAGCUCAAGGCUGGAGACUCCUCUGGCCAACAAGCGGGUCUGGAAGGAUUGGCUGACGAGUUUAACAAACUCGGCGUCUCAGGAAAGGGUGAUGCGUCCAAGAUAGACAAGAAUGAUGAGUGGGAAGACAUUCAGCACGACGAUGUCGCAGAUCAGGAGGUUGCCAUUCGAGUAGAUCAGUACCUGGUUGUUUUCCUCAAGCACGCACGCACCGUAACCCACAUCCUAUACACCCGACACUACAGAAUCCCGCAGUACUACGCAUUACGCACGUACGCUAAGAUGGGUUCCUGGACCGGCUUCGUUUUGACCUACCUUCUUGGCGGCAUCACCUUUCUCCCGCUCCUGCUGCUGAUCGUCUUUGUCCACGGCUACCUAACCCUCCCCGACCGGCCCGACCUCGACCCUAGAGCUGCCGCGGCCAGCGGCGCAGGCGGCACCCAGGAUGACAUUGUGCAACCCGGCGAUGAUAUCGCGACCCUCAAGGCGGCGCAGAAGUUGUCGCGAGAGGAGACGCGGGCCCGGGCCAGCCAGCAUGACUCGGACGUUGCCGCCGGCUACUUUGCCGUGUGCAGAGAGUACGAACCCAUGGGCAUCAACGCCAAGCCCAUAGAGCGGGCCACGCCCGUCGGCUCGGCCACCGUUGCGGCUCCUAGUCAGAGUGUGUAUCAGGCCAUGUACCGGACCAUCUUUGACCGGAAGCAGGCGGCGGGGCCGUUGGACAGCAAGAACGGCACCAGCCAGCGGCCGAGGAAGGCGGGCAAUGUGUUUUACGUGGUCUUGAGGCACGGUCAUAUCAUGCUUUUCGACGACGACGAACAGCUAGAGGUCCGCCACGUCAUCUCACUUGCACACCACGACAUCAGCAUAUUCUCCGGCGAGGAUUCACCCACUCCCGAGGGUGAGCUUUACAUCAAGAAAAACGCCAUCUGCUUGACAAGGAAAGAGGGUGGAUUAGAUGCGACGGCGCCGGACGCCCAACUUUCAAAGCCGUUCUACCUGUUCUCGGAGAACUGUUCGGCCAAGGAGGACUUUUACUUUUCGCUCCUGCGAAACCAGAAGCAGAGUUUCCGCGGCGAGCAGGCCGGUGUGGACGCCCCGACGCCGCUGCAGUAUGACAUCAAGCAUAUAAUAUCGCUUGUGCAGAAGCUACACUCGUCCGAGGACCACCUGCCUACGAGGUGGCUCAAUGCGAUGAUUGGGAGAGUUUUCUUGGGCAUAUACAGGACCAAGGAUCUGGAGAACUUGAUUCGUGAGAAGCUUACCAAAAAGAUAUCACGAGUGAAGCGGCCUUCGUUUCUAUCGAACAUCUCUAUUCAGCGCAUCGAGACGGGCGACUCGGCGCCGUAUAUUACGAACCCGCGGCUGAAGGACCUAACGGUGGAGGGCGAGUGCGGAGUCGAGGCUGACAUCAAAUAUACGGGCAACUUUCGCAUUGAGGUUGCGGCCACCGCGCGUAUCGACCUGGGCUCACGCUUCAAGGCCAGAGAGGUCAACCUGGUUUUGGCAGUGGUGCUGCGCAAACUGGAGGGCCAUGUCCUGUUCAAGAUUAAGCCACCACCGAGCAACCGUCUCUGGUUCUCGUUUCAAACAAUGCCCAAGAUGGAAAUGACCCUGGAGCCUAUUGUAAGCUCUAAACAGAUCACAUACGGAGUUAUUCUCCGGCAGAUUGAGAGUCGAAUCAAGGAGGUUGUCGCCGAGACGCUGGUGCUGCCUUUCUGGGAUGAUACGCCAUUCUUUAGCACUGAACAUAAAAAGUGGAGGGGAGGCAUAUUCGAGGGGGAUGACGCAGUCGUUUCCUCGACCGACCUGGAGUCGUUGGCUGCGCAGCUAGGAGCAGUCGACGAGGUUGAAAAGUCCGAGGAGCAGUCAACGGCCCAUGCAGCACAGUCCACCUCAGACCUUCCGGCCAUGGAGAAGAGCCACAGCCUUCCUGUUCUAGAGCAGACUAGUACCACUACCGGAGCUCUGUUUGGACAAAAGUCAAAUACAAGUACCAAGUCGAAAUCAUCUGGUCACAGUAAGAGGGGGUCAAUAUCAUCGACUAACACAGAAACAAGACCCCUGUUCCCGUCACGGCCGUCACGCUCGGGCUCGAUCACGGGUCCUUCAUCGCCGGUAGUAAGCACAGACACUGUCAACUCGGACAUAUUCAAGCCAUCCUCGUCGCCGCCCUACGAGAGUGCCGCUGCGCAGGCCAUGGCUCAUUUGUCGGCGAGAUCAGCCCUUGGAACAUCACCACCAGAUUCACGACCUGCAGGGCCUACAUCGAAGCCGUCAAAUAGCAGCCACGUUUCAGUGGCUUCAUCUAAGGACGGGACCGAUUCCGAAAAGGAUCGAAACUUUCUUGAUGCUACGCCCAGGCCAGAUCGCCGACAUACGGUCUCGUCUACGAACAGCGGCAGGUCAGAUGAGGACGAUGGCUCACCGGCUGCAUCGGUAAAAAGCAAUCUCCGAGCUCAGACGGGCACCCUAACGCGCAACUUCUUUCUAAGACACAAGACGUCAACUGAGUCGCUGGCAGCGGCGGGCGGCAGCGGAGCGGGGGAUACACCCAAGCGCAACGCGAUGGAGGCUAUCGCCACCGCCGCAACCGUCGCCAAGAGAUGGGGUCUCACUGCAUUACAGAGGAAUACGGGCGAUGGGAACGGGGUCGGAGGCAAGUCUGAGGGUGGUGUAGACAGGGAUAAUGAUCAGCAACCUCUCGACUUGAGUAAACCUAUGGGUGGCGGCAGGCCUCUGCCGCCGCCGGGGACGCCCCUGCCCAUGCCAGAUAAGAACUCCAAAGUAACUUCAAUACCGGUGCCGCCACCCAAGCGGAGGCCCAUCGUUCCACCGCCACAAUUGGUGCACCCGGGAGAGCACCAAGGCAGUGGCAGCAAUAGUAGUAGUCAGGACAAUGUCAGCAGAAGAGGUGGCAUGCAAAGGAAAACGGUUCCGCCGCCACUGCCAAAGAGGCGACACGCACAGCAGAACAACGACAGUCCGAGCCGCGCAAACGGGGACAUGAUGCUGGUUGUUGAGGCACCGGCGGAUUCGGAGCCGGCGUCGCCGUUAAGCGCUACCAGUAGUGACGGUGGUGCUGGCAGGACCGGGUACAGGAGGCCUUGGGUUGAGGUUGAGGGCGAUGAGGUCGAGGAGCCUAGUCGCGGUAGGUCGAGGAGUAGUCAGAGGCGAAAAGGGGUCCAGGACGUUGAGGAUGAUGAAGGUGUGUCAGCUUGGAUGGAUGACGGCGACGCUGUAGAAGAGGAGUUGUCGCAACCGCCCAAGCCGCCGAAGCUGCCACAGCGAUCCAUGCUUGCUCAGCUGGGCGUGGCGGCAAAAUGA